UUUCCUAGUACGCUCGGUCUUCACCUCAACACUGACAACAAAAUGGAUGCACAGCUGUAGCAGAGAAUGGGAAGGCCAUCUUGAUUUGAAGAAACGCCUUUUGUAUUUGAACAGUUUUUUCGUCAGAUUCACUCACAUUGUAUCCUUUGUAUCAUUUAACGUGAAGGUAAAUCCUAGCCAUGGAUAACGAGGGUUUGAUAGCUGCUGUACAGCUGUCUGAUCGAGACGAAGUGGAUCAACCUGAACCUCUCUACAUCUCCAAAAAUGAUAUGAAAGGACUAACAUGGCGACACUUCGCUAUUUUGCUGAAGAGUCUAUAUACUCAGCCUCCAGAAGCUGUCAGAGUAAAGUACAUGGAUGAUGAAGGAGACUGGGUUGAGCUUGGAAGUGAUGCAGAGCUACAAGAAGCUCUUAAGUUCACAAGCAGGUCUGGGGAGAUCCUGCAGCUGCAGGUGCGUCGAGUAGACAGUGGGAGACUGAUAGAUUUGCAAGAUGAAUGUAUAGACGCUGGGCCCAUGUCUGACCGAUCAUCCCAAAACAGUAUGGUCGAACAUCGUCCUGGGGGAGAUCUGGGAAUUAAUUUGCAAAGUGAAUCCCAGUUUGUGACAUACGUACCAACCACAGACCCAGGAGGUGAUGUUGCACCCAUGUUGCGAUACCCCUACCCCGCUGAACAGGCACCUCUGGUCUACCCGACCCACAGCUCACAAAACUGCUUGCCAGCAACUCCUCUUUUGCCAGCAGCUCCUUUGGUUCCAGUAUCGGCAACAAUUCCUGCUUAUAGGAUCACCCCAGCGAUGCCCAUGGUUGAAGCGUUGGUCCCAACAGAAGUGCCGUCAGAACCCUUGACAGAAGCGUCUGUGCCCAGCACCCCUGAAGAAACAUUGACCUGUCGUGGUCAAGUACCGUCUGCUCCACCUCCUCCUCAGCAGUCAAGCCUGAACUUGUGGGACCAGGCGGCUAACCUGAGCCCCGAGGAGAAAAUCCGGUUUCUCAAGCGCAUCGCUGAGGCCCAUCACCAAAGUCAGCGAGACGGCAGUACUGCCGCCUUGCCAGAUGUGGAGCCACUGUGCAGUGAUCCCAGCCCACACAAACCGUGUCUGGGACAAAACAACAUCCCCAACCAAGACCCAUUUGAUGUGGAGGGAGCCUCUCCUAUCCCGACCUCAGCACAGGCUAGCAUGAACUUCAAGAGGGGCCAGAGUGUGGAGAUCCUCACACCCACCCCGAUAGAUACACCUCGAGGAAGUCCUGGCAGUAAUGGCAAGUUCCCUCGGUCCUCGUCUGUGGACCCGAGCAGUAGCAGCCCCUCAAGCAACCCCUCCUUCACCCAGGCUCCUCCUACUAUGUCCAGUUUUGCUCAGCCAAGACGCAGUGCUUCGGCGGACAAAUCGGCUGUCACUAAGGUGGCUGCUACCAAAGCCCUCUAUUGCUCCGCUGUGGUUCCCAAGGCUAAAUUACCCAAGAAAGUGGAGAAUGGCGCCCCAGUACCCAUGCCCAGAAAUUUGCCUUUGAUGGAGGGAGCCCAGUCGGGCGCUAAUGCAGUUGCUAUUGAAAUGCCAUCCGAGUCAGAAUCGUACCAUGGAGCAGCAUCUAACAAAGAGGAAGAGAUUGCUGCAAGUGGCGGAGCCUCUUCGACUUCAGCAUCUGAAGAAACAGGUGAAAUUCUAGCCAGAGGAGGGUCAGUUGCUGCCUCUAUGGAUGGCGAGAUCAAAGCUAAUACACAGGCGGACUCGUGCGCUGUUGCCCCUGUGGCUGGUGAGACCAGAGCUUCAAAAGAAGGAGCUGUCACUUUGAAAGAGUUGGCCAAAAGGGCCAGCAAGCCAAAACAGUUACCUGCUAAGAAAGUUAAAGUGCUUCAAAAGAGGCCUCUAGCAGAAGUGAAAAAGGAGGAGUCAACUGAAGUACAGAGGGCAGAGUCUUUCGGUGUUGGAGCCAGGCCAAAAGUUGUGGAGAAGAAGAGCAAAAAGAAAGCUGAGGAAUCUUUAACGAAGCGGAAAGUACCAGAGAAGCAGGAGAAAAAGUGGAAAGAUGGAGAGAAAGAACCACUGAAAGAUGAGGAGUCUGGAGAGACAGCUGUGAUGCUUGAUUGUUCCAAGAAAGAAACAAUGGCCUUGCAGUAUGAAGAUUUCCUGAAACAUAUGAAAAAGGUGAAGAAAGACCUGCACUCAAGCAUUGUUAAGGAUGUCACAAAGCAUACAGACAAGCUCCUGAAGAAAAGUUUUUCUCGCUCUCGCUCGGAGAGCCAUGAUAUUGAGUUUCGUUUCUGCAAUGUGAAGGGUGAGACAGGCUCCAUCCUUCAUAAGGGAAUCACCUGCGACCAUUGUGACCUGGAGAUUGUCGGUGUGAGGUACAAGUGCGGGAACUGUGCUGACUUUGACCUUUGUGAAAAGUGUGAAAACAGCGAGUUUGUUCAUGACCCAACCCAUGUGUUCUUGAAGUUGCGGAAACCUGCUCGCAAAGCAGGCUGUGUUGGCAAAGAGAGGCUGCCUCUUCUAAGGGAGAACAUCUAUGAGGCAGAGAGGGAUUGGGAAGAGAAACGGAAGGAGAAAGAGGAGAAGAUGAAAGCCAAAGAUGAAAGGAAGAAAGAAAAGGAAGAGAGGAAGAGAGAAAAGAAAGAAAGGAAGAGGUUGGCUGCAGAGGAAAAAGGCAACAGCAUUGCCAAGAAAAAUCUAGACGAUGUAGUGAAAGCUUUGGAGACUCUGAGCCCUGAUCUAGAGGAGAAGCAGAGAGAGAGGCCCGCCCAGUGGGCCACACCCUAUGAAAGUUUUCCUCUCAAUAUUUCUUCACCUGCAGAUGGGCAAGAAGUGUUUGAUGUGUGGCAAGAGAGAGAGAAGACAGGCAUGAUAGAGGCAGUAGAAGGGAUGAUCAAUGAUUGUACUCGCCGCAGAACGCUGUCCACUGAGGCUGUAGAUGGGGAUGAUCCUGAUUUUUGCCCCAUCCAGAGGAAACGGUUAGCGAGUGACUCUUCUGGAAGCAGCAUUGUUCGUCUAUCACCACCCCUGCCCGUCAUUAUUUCUGAAACUCCUGCCCGCUCUGAACUUGUUGUCAAUGUGGUCUCCCUUCCUUCAGAGGGCAACGGUCAGGAGGAGACCGAGUCUGAGGAGGUGGAGCAAAAACUGCCACUGCUGCCUAACUUGACAGAUGAGCCCAAGGUUGAUAACGACGUGGAUUCCAUGAAGGGACAAGUAGCGAGUUCUGCCGGCCAUUGGGAUGAUGACGACGAUGAUGCUCACUCUUUUGUCAGUGGGAGUUCCUAUGAGUACUUCCAUUCUGAUGACAGUGAAGAAUUUUGCAUCCUGACUCCGCCUGCGCAUGAAGAUUAUGAAGAGAUAGUGAAGGAUGAAGCAGAGGAGCUGAUGAUGGCUGCUGAGAAAGAGGCUGGGACAAGUGUCCCUAGUGUGGAAGAGGAGAAAGAGAAGGUCUGCGAGGACUCUGCGGAGGUGGUUGACACGACAGAUGAGGCGAAGACUCCAGGCAAUGCCGAGGAGCAACAGCAGCAGGGAGUGGGGGAGGAAUUGGUGGAGGUCGUUUCCAGGGGAGAGGAUGAGAAUAACAAUGAGGAGCAGAACAACAACGAGGAGGUGGAAGACAUUGAGGAGGAGGAAGACACUGAUGAGGAAAAUGAUGAAAUUCGGAUGAAACUGAUACAGGAGGCAUUUGAGAGUCCGGAGUAUAGUUCUGACAUGCGCUUUGCUGAGCUGGUUCAUAGCCUUACGGAAGAAGAGAAGAAGCUGUACCAACAAAUGCUGCGGACUGAACUGGACAAGGAGAAACAGACAGAGGAGGAGAAACAAAUGGGGCAGGAGAAGCGGGAGGUGAUUGAGGAAAGGUUAGAAGAGGACAGGUCGAAGAAAUUGAAGACAAGGGAGAGAGAGAGGCUGAGGGAAAGGAAGCUGCUCCAGAGGAAGAGGAUGCAAAUGUUGAGAGAGGAGGACUACAAGGAGAUUCUGGAGGUGAAGGCCAUGCAGGCGUCCCUGGUGAACAAGCAGCUGGAGGAAAACGGAGUCGUGGCCGGGGCCGGGGCCGAACAGGUCAAGGCUGGAAGUGAGAAGGCACAGGUGCAGAAGCAGGAAGAGAAGGAGCCAAUGGCAAAGAAUGCGUUCAGAGCGCUGGGCCCGGAGGAGCAGAAGAGUUAUGUCCUGAAGAGGGUCAAGGGGAAUCCAGCUGUCUGCAGGAAUCACCACCUGAAUCAGAUGUUGGAGCUCGAGGUUCAGAAAUUUGCCGCAUUGGACGCCGGUGACCACGAGGCCGUGGCCGACAUUGAGCGUCGCCUCCGGGAGCUUGACCGCCAGAAGUACAUAGACACCACCAGAAUGUUGGAGGAGAGGAUCCGACAGCAGAUUGCAGGUAGCUCUUUGUCAGAUGAUGCUGAAUUGGAGGAGCAGAACCCAGCUGCUGUCAGCGGCAGCGUUUCACGGCAGACGUCAGUGGCUUCAAGCAGUGGACAGUCGGAGAAGACCGAUUCGAGUUCAGUGACCUCUGUGACGACUGUGCGGGAUGUUGAUUGCCAGACCGCCCCAGAACCAGCGGGACCAGCGAGCGUCAUUAUCCAGAAUGUGGCUUCAGGAGUCUCCAAAGCGGCGUCAACAGCCUUCUCUACCGCCAAGGAUGUCUUCUACUCGCUGCAGGCCAAGCAGAAUGAAAGGAAGAUGCAGGGUCAGAGUGAAAAAAAAGAUGCAGCUCUAGAUCCAAAACGACCCAUAAUUGUGAAAGUGAGAGGUGACAGCGAGGCGUAUAAAGCUCUGACAAAUGCUGGAGCUGUACCACAUGCGGUCCCACCAGGAGGCUGGGUGCCCAAGGAAUCGAUUUGGACACCCCCUGAAGACUGGAUGCCGCCAACAGAGUCCACUUGGAAACCUCCAGCAUCCACUUGGAAGCCACCUCCGUCCACUUGGAGGCCGCCUCAGUCCAGUUGGAAACCGCCUCAGUCCGCUUGGAAGCCACAAAAAUCCUCCUGGAAACCGCCCCAGGUGGACUGGGCGCCACAGCAGUAUGAGUGGUUUUCCGUCGGAUCGGACUGCGAUCCAGCAGAGUUAUGCGGGGCCACUUCUCCGUCAGCCAUUCCUAGUGUAGUAGACGGGUCUGAGAGGCAGGAAAGUGCCGUAGCAAAUGGGGGGAGUACUGAGGCUGAAGCCAGGAGCUCUGUGGAUGAGCCAACCGCCAACAACUCGGAUGUGGCUGAUGACGCCGCGGUCAAAAGCUGUGGGGAAGAGCCGGCUGUGAAGAGAAACUCGGCUUCCUCUCUGACGUCAUCAUCGCCCCCUGUGUCGCUGCAGUCCUCCCCGAUCGCGUCGCUCACCAUUGCAGACUCAGCUCUGCGGAGAGAGAUCCAAGGAAUGCAGCGGCUCAUCGAGAUGGGUUUCGCCAACCGCGAGAAAAACCGGCAAUUGCUGAUCAAGUUUGACGGGGACCUAGAGUGCGUUGUGCAGAGUCUCCUGCAGGAGGAAGGGGAGGACCACUGGGCUUUCCACCGCCACUAGGUGGUGUCACGACAAAGAGAUGUCUCUUUCUCCUCUCUGAACUACCCUUUGUUUCUUUUUUUUCUCAUGGUAGGAUUGUGGUAGGACAUUCACAUUUCUCAUGUUAAAAGACUAGCCAGUAUAAAGAAGAAUAAACUUAUAAGCAGUUAUAACUUAGAUUAUUGUUUCAUUUGACAUGUUUUCACUCUUGUUCGUGAACAGAAAGAGGCUAGAACACCAACUACAAAUAGUAAUUUGAAUACUUUUUAAGUAUGUUAUUUCAUUAGGGGUUCUAGUUCAGCUCAGUAUUUCGAAAGAUCUGUUACCUGAGAAUGAUUUGGAGUUUCUAUUUUCUCUUCUUGACGUCGUUGAAAGCAGAAACUUUUGCACCAAACAAGUACUGUAAGUCUUUUUGAGCUAAGCACAGAGGAAGGAAGGAAAGGGUAGUCAGGGAUGGAGUUGUGAGAAAGACUUAGAACUUGUAGGGCGACUAAGAAUUUGAGAACGAGGAGAUUUAGAGACAGCCUUUGUGUGACCAAUGACAGAAGCUGUGCUAUGAUAAAUUAUGGAAGAGGUUUCACACCUUCCUGAUAACACGAGGAACAAGUAUGGAUUCUUCUUUCUGCUUUUGUAUUUUACGAAGUUUUAUUUGCUUCAUUUUUAAAUAGAAAUAUAUGAUGAGGUAUGGUUUGAUCUUACCUCUAGCUUGUGCUUUCUAAAGUUUUAAAUCUUUCAUUGCAGAAUUUUAUGUUUAUGCUAAGAAUAUCUACUUGAAGGUGAUGACAUAAGCAUUCUUGAUACAUCAGCUAUUUUAAUUUUUCCUUUUCACUGCAAUUUUUCCUUCAAAAUGUGUAAUCAUGUGUAAUUCCAUUUGUUUUUAAUGAAGAUUUGGAAUUUGUAUCUAUUAUUUUCUUUUAGUCAAGUUACUGUUAUAUAUUCUUUUUGUCCCCCCCCCCCCCCCCCCCCCCCCCGUUAUGUGUGAAGUAAAGUGCAAAUGCACUGCUGGCGCUACAUCAAGUUGCAUUGAUUGUAGAGAGAGAGAGAGAGACUGACAACCGAAAGUAAUGGGGUGCAAAUUACUAAAUGUAUACUUUUUAUGUAUGUCAAUACAUGUCUGAACAUUUUUUCACACAUUUAUAUUGCAUACUUUUGUACUGGUAGCUUACAUUGUAGUAGUAGUAGUAGGUGAAAAUUGAAUUAAACUUAGCAGAUGGGUGAAAAAAGCUGUUUUGUAGAUAGAGUGGAGAGAUAUAAAGACUAUUUAUGUGCAAAAGGCUUCUCUUUACCUACAGUCCACACCUGGCAACUCUAUAUAUACCUAGCGAAAUUUGUGCUGGUAUUCAACCGUGAAGAGAAUGGAGCAACAAGUACACAAGUAUUACCCUUGACCCUUUUUUUGUGACAAUAGACACUCUUAUGAAUUGUAAGCUGUAAAAUUUUCUUGGAGGUAAAACUAGGUUGGAGCAAACUAACAACACAUUGCUGGAGUACUCCUUUGAGGCUCCAGUGGCCCACUUAGUAAAGAAUGAGCUCAAGCUAACUCUGACUUGGGAUUUGCAAUUCUGUGUCUGGUAAAACGCAACAGCUACUCUCCUCCUCAAGAGCAAAAAUCCUCAAUUUGAAAUUAAAAAAAAAAAGAAUUUGUUUCUGCAAGGCAAAGAUGGAACAAGCGAGGUGAUGAGUGUACUACUUUUACAUGCCAUGUACUAGUUUCCCGUUUCUUAUGUGCGCUAAAUAUCAUGAAAUUUUGUUUGUGGUGUUUACAUUGCUGACGGUUGUUACAUCAGAAAUGUAUCAUUCUUACCAAACUAUGCUUUUUAUACAAUGACGUGCUGGAACUGUAGAGUUUCUUGCUUUUGAAAAAGUCAUCAGGAGGUUUUUGACUGAGGAAGUACAUUUUGCAUCUUGAUCUGUCCGCGAUUUCUUUUUUAUGUCUUUGGUAUUGGGUCAUCUUUUGAGACUUGAGAUUUUUUUUUUGUGAUUGUCAAGAGGGAAUUUGCUUCUUUUUAUAUUUCAAUUUUCUUUCCUUUUAUGUGGUGAAUGUAUCAGAAUUCUAAUGUUUCAUUUUGCCCAGUUUUUAUUGAAGUUUAGAUUGUCAAUUAAUAUUGUCUCAGAUCUGAUUGCCAUGAUUACGAGAUGUGGACAUUUUGCACAGGAAUUCGCUGACGGUUAUUCCACAAUCUCGAGUGAGGAUUGAACUUUGUUAGGUGUGGUUUGCCUUUUAUUUUCUCAUCUUUAUUUUUGACCAACGUCUUUUGGAGAAAGACAGCAACAUGGGGACUAAUUAAUUAUAUAUGUGCACUUGUUAUGCUAUGUUUUAACUUUACUCCUGCAAUGCUUUAAUUAAAGUGUUUCACGAUCAGUCUAUUGCUUCUAGCACAAGCAUUUGCUCUGUAUGAGCUGUAUAAGAACCCCACUGCAUGGGGUGACCUUUGGUGUAGAGGAUGAGGAUGCUGCACUCUGAACAUGCAGAGUUUUAUUUCUAUUAUUUUGGUGGGGUUUUUUCGCUACUGGAAACAGAUGAUCUGUGUCAAAAGUGUAAGGUGUAGGCUUACACCAGUUCAUUCCCUUCUCAGAGCCGCUGUGCUCUGAAGGGACAUGUGUCAAACCUUUAUCACAAGGGGAAGAGAGAGGAGGUUUGAAGAGGUUUUCAAUGGAAGAGACAACUUUCAAAUGGAGAGAGAUUAACACUAGUGUAGGUAUCGUGUUAUAUUGUAUGUUAUGCAAAGUGGCUCAGUGGAAAAGGUAUCUUCCCGUGAACAGAUUGUUAUGGAGCAAGACAAAGAGCCAAUUUUGUGGUCAAUGCAGUCUGUGGGGGAGUGCGGGGGAAAUGCUUGCUCACUACGCGCAUAUUUUCUUAAAUUGAAUUGUUCAUGGUGCCCGUCGUCAGCACUACCCAAUAUGUAUUAGCUUAUGUGAACUCUUUCUAAUGAAAUAAAUACCAAUACUCACAAAAUGCCGGUUAUGUCACAGGACCCACAUGUGUUGACAACUCACUAAAAGAUGCUUCUUCUAGAUUUUAUGUAAUUACUUCUAGACUUAAGAUUUAAUCUAGUUUGGGAUUGUUUGAAGCUUGUCUUGGAUCUGUAACUGAAGUUAAGAAAUAUGUUGUUUUAUUGUAUGUCGGUAUUCUGACGGAACGUGGGACCCACUGCAGUGGGAGAAGAGAUGUAGUGGGGUCUGUUGCAUACUGUGAGAACAACCCUUUGUUUGCAAUGAUGACAGUGAAAGUGUUUUAUGUCCGGAGCCACUGCUUGACUUUACUGAAAGGACAUACCCAUUGCAGUUAUCUUGUGUCUUACUGUGCUCAUCAGAUCUGCCUGUUCCAAGAACGGAAAACAAUUCUGCUGUGUUUUAGCAGACAGGCUAAGCGCUCUGAUAACUGUCCGAUUUUUUUCUUCCCCUGUCAAAGAACUCUGAUCUCAUUUGCAUAAAAUCUGAUUUCAAAACAAAAUUUGGUUUCUGUCGAGUCCCAGGGGGCUUAUCCUAAAUGACACGAAAACAAUUUUAUUUGUUGUGACCUAUUAUAAAUGGUGUGAAAAUACACUUUUUUAUUUGUUGUGACGUAUUAUAAAUUAUGUGAUAAUACACAUUGUUAUUUUCGUGCAUUUGCAAUGCUCGUUUAUUUGCCUCGGUUGGUUGGUUUUCGUAAUCUCGAUAAAGGGGUUCAACCGGAUGAUUCCGUAGGAAAUUUCCCUUUUUUUGGGGUCAUGGAGUGGUUGGCAGGUCUAGUUUCAGGGGUAAUGGCAUCUGUCUUAUUUGGUUUAAAGAGAAUGCUGAACAAGAGACGAUACGUUGACCAGUGGACCUUCUGGCAGGCAGGUGUGUGACAUCUGGGUCCCUUAAUAUGUCGUAUUAAGUCAUUCCAUCAGCCCUUAUCAUGUAUGUUUAACACUAACUAAUAUUUUUCCAUUUUUUACUUUGCUGAAACUGAUAAAAAAAAUUCGCUCAAUGAAUGUGGGAAUCUAAUUUGAAAUGUUCAUUGAAAACCCUGCUUAAUCACUUUGAGGUGGUCCAAAGAAAUGUUUUUUUUUGGGUUUUUUUUUGUUCAUUUGGGUCUUUUUUCCCCCCCAGCCUGUUGACUUUGAAAGUGAGCUUGUCUUUUUUUUUUUUUUGGGGGGGGGGGGGGGGGUAUUUUAUUGAAUAUUGAACAUUUUCUUUUUUUCAUUGAUUUUCUGGCUCUUUCGGAACAAUGUUCUAUUAUUUAAUUGUGUUCAUGUCUUUCCUCUCCUAGUUCAUCCCUCGUCUCACUCACCAUGAUUAGCCAAGUCUGUACAUAAGUGGAUCCUGUCCUUGUCAUGUCACCUUGAUAGCUGUAUUGAGGCGUGAAUAAAGAUAUAUAUAGAGAAAAUAA